AGAUGGGCAUUGCGCCUCCAGCAGUAUAACUACACGGUCAAGUAUCGUCCAGGCACAGGGAAUCCGGCAGAUUUCCUUUCGCGGGCACCAAUUAACGAGCCCUCGGGACAGUCUAUUGCCGAAGAAUAUAUUAACUUUAUAACAGAGCAAGCCAUUCCCAGAACAAUUACCUUGUCAGAGGUGCAAGAAGUGACAAAGAACGAUAAAGAACUGCAGUCAAUUGGACGAGCACUUCAGUUUGGCAACUGGAAAGACAAAUCCAUAUCAGCUUAUUUUGCAUUACGGCAUGAAAUAACAUUAGUAAGGGGUGUACUGUUGAGAGGACACCGACUGAUUAUACCAAUAUCACUUCGAAAUAGAACUCUAUCCCUGGCACACAGGGGACACUUGGGAAUUGUCAAGACCGAACAAAAUUUGAGAACCAAGGUAUGGUGGCCUAGAUUAGAUAAAGAAGCAGAGCAACAUGUAAAGGAGUGUUUGACGUGCCAAAUAUCUGGUAAUCCUGAACCCCCUCCACCUCUAGCAGUUGUCCCACCUCCAAUGGCACCAUGGUCAUGUAUUCAUGUUGAUUUCUAUGGACCAGCACCUACAGGAGAGCAUCAAUUUGUGAUGUUAGAUGAAACAACCGGAUUCCCAGAAGUUGAGAUAAUGAAUAAAACCACAGCUUUUCAUACAAUACGAGCGUUUGAAAAAGUGUUUGCCCGACACGGACUGCCAGACACAAUUAAGAGCGAUAAUGGGUCGCCGUUCGCAGGAAAUUAA